CGCUGUUGUUGUCGUCUGCUUGGCACAUUUGUCACGAGGCCCGGCGUUGAUCGUUCCAUAACAAUCAUGUUUCUUUUUUUCAUUAUUAGUUAAAACAAAUAAAAUAGUUCAGUUAACAAGUGCUUCAAUCAUGUUCUCCCCAAUUGUACGCUCUGCUCAGCGAAUUUCCACCAGGACUUUGGCACAAAGCUCGUCAAAUCUGGCGAGUUUGCAAAUUGCCGAUGCCAAAUGCAAUGUCAAACACAGUGAACAUCCCACUUCCCUUACACACAAUCAAAAAAUGAGCAGUGCAUCACAGUUUGCAAGCUCUGUUGCAGUGGAAUCCAGUUUCGAACCAUCCAUUAUGAAAAACCGUUUGGCUCUCCCCAAUCUACUGGUAGACACCAACGAUGAAGAAGCUGUUCAAGAAACCAGCCAAGUAGAUGUCUACCACCAGUUUCAAAGUCAACCUGAUAAAGUGUUGAAAUCCAUGAAAUUGACUGGCUCCCAAGAAAAAGCCCUAAAAAAAUUUGUUAUAGCUGAACAAACGUUGAAUAAGGACAACUUGCAUAACAAAACAGCCAUUAAAUGGAUGAAUGCGAUAAAAUUCCCUUUACUGGAUACAGUUCGCUCAAGAGCUUCAAGUUUUAUCGACAGUGAGACCUGUCGUUCUUUCAUCAGCAAGAUUGGCGAUAUUAGUGAUCCGUCAACAGUUGUUGUGAUUGGUAAUCCUGGUGCUGGAAUCUUGUCACACCAAUUUAUGAAGAAAGGAGCCAAGCAGCUGGUUCUGUUUGAACAGAAUAGUUAUAUAAGAUCACACUUGGAGAAAAUCCACAAGAAUCAACCUGUAUAUGUCGCUCCCCAUUCUUUGUUCAGUUUGGGCGAAAAUAACGAGCACGCCUUAAUUAACUUACUAGAGUCGGAAAAAUACAACCGGAUCAAAAUCGUUCAACCCCUUAGCAAUCCCACCAUAGCCAAAAGCAUUUUGACGAAUUACACGACAGGUAUUAUACCCUUCGACAAUAAACACGUCGAGCUGUACUUUGUUGUCGAAAAAGCUUAUGGAGAGAAACUCGUCGAAAUGGAAAUGGUUGAUCCCCUGCGGAAGCUAACCAAAUCUAUUACUGCAUGGCGGACGUUUGUUAAAUCCGAAUUAGUGUGUACGAUAGCAGCCGAUGCCUUCUUCCCAUCAUUCGCACCGUUGGGUUUUGGUGUCCAUCCCCGCAAAAAGCGGGCUGAUAAAGCUGUGGUGCUCCGUUGUACCUUUCGGCCCAUCAGCUGUCGGGGCCGAACUUUAAGUUCGACAGAACGAAACCUUUACAGUAUGUUUAUUCGUCACGUCAUGUCGACCAGCACGGCCAAAGUCAUCAACUCGCUCGAGAAAUGGAUACCUGGCAUCGGACUCCGACUCAUUCGGGAGGGCAUUCCCCUCUUUACCUGUUUCAAUCAGUUAUCCAGCGACGAAUUCGAACGCAUCUUUUUCAUUUUUCUCGAGAUGGCGCCUGAAGGCCAUUCUGCUUGGCAAUUGUUGAGUAGUCAAAACAAUAAUAGUAUGGAUUGGCUCAGAGAAUUUGAUGCUACUGCUCGUUAGUCUCCAACUUCUAAUCGCAAUGAAGUAUUUUGAUUCGUUAGUAUAUUACACGCCGAGUCGGUCUUUUGACAAUUUAAA